AUGGAGGUUGCUUCUCACCCUCGGUUUCCUUAUUGGGCGUUAAAUAUGAAACAACGGCAUCAGCUGUUGUCACAAGCAAACGUUUACUUGCGUCAACAUCCUGCUGAUGCAAACAUGACAAUGGAAGAACUGAAGCAGAUGGUCAAUUCCAUGAGUGCAAAUCAAAUGGUAAAUAGUUUGCAGCGCUAUGUGUCCAAAGUACAAGGUACGAAUCAGUAUUGGUAUCAGCGGCUGCAGGAAUCGCUGGCCCUGAUUGAACAAAAAGGCUGCCCUACUUUUUUCUUUACCUUUAGUGCAGCUGACAUGCAUUGGCCAGACUUACAGAGGCUGUUGCAGAAUGAUGAAGGUGCAAGCAGAUCUGAGCGAGCACAAGCUGUAAUCGACAAUCCCCAUCUGACUGAUUGGUUCUCUAUGCAGUGGCUGCAGGAGUUUGUCACACAUUGGCUUAAUGGCAUCUUGGAUGCUGAGUGGCACUGGUAUCGAUUCGAGUACCAAGCUAGGGGAAGUAUUGAUUGA